UAGGGAUUUUGUUGCUAGAUUUAGUGACUUUUUGAGACUUUUUUCAAAAGUUUUGGGACAAAUCUAGCAACUUCUUGGACAAACCUUAUCUAGAUUCUUAUUUUGCCCACUGAUCUAUAUUCAUAUUUAUAUAGAUCAACGAAUGAUGUCAUCUAGAUACAUUAGCUACCAGUUUUAGCUGCUUUCAAUUGAAAGCAGUUUGGCUGACCAGCACUUACCUGUUUUAUGAGGUGAUAAAAGGCGGGACUAACACUAACACACACAGUAGGGCCUAUAGCUUGGGCUACUGCACUUUUUAAAAAACAGCAGGUUCUGUAAAUUAGCCUACUAUACUAUUACUAGGUGAUUUUAUUCACUAGCUCAAGUUUUUUAAGUGACCCCCGAGGCACGAGGUCAUUUGUACGGCAUACUUGAUGCGGAUUCACAGGGAUUCACAUGGAUGACUAACCUGGAAGUCUGUCGCAAACCAGGAAGCCGCUUUAUUGUCUAUGGAGAUCAGUGAAAUCUAAUGUCUGCGGUCCAUGGCGCACUUACACUUACAUUUUUAGUCCACUGUAAGGAGUUUAUUGGAUAUUAAAAAGUCAUGCGAAUCUGGCGGUUCACGCGCUUUUCGCUUCUUUUGGGGUUUUUCCUGUCAUCAUUCUCGGAGCUCACAGGUGGUGCAGAGCUCAAUGUUGCUGUUGAAGAGGGCACGAGCAUCCACAUUAAUACUGGUGCUGGAAUAAACACACCGUGCAAAGUUUGUAUAAGUCAGGUGUGUCAGUCUUCUGCGAUCCUCAGAAGUGAUACACGUUUGGACUUCAGCUGUUCACAGCCAGAGAAUGUGUUCACCAUGCAGAUCAUCAGAGAUAAUGUGAAUUCAGACAUUGAACCCAAAGAACACCAUGCCUUUCAAAAGUUCAAUCGGACCUUCACCUGGAAUCUGAGGUCUCUUUCAAGGACAAUCCAUUUGAAUUUCAGUAGGACUGGUUUACGGCAGAUUCAGCCUACAGACAGCUGCCCAGACAAACACGUUUACACGAUCACAGCGGAGAAUGUCAGUAUUGGGAGGUUUUGUCAGAAUGGAGCCAUUAGUGCAGUCCAUCUGCGUAAUGUUGGAAAACUGUCUUUGGAAGUGUCUGGAGGUCAACCUCUGGGCAUGAAAGUUAUCGGAGUAUCACUGGGACGUGCCAUUAACUCACUGGCUAAUAUCCAUGUUGUUCUCCCAGAGAGGAGUUCAACCCAGGAUUUCUUUACCCCAAAAACUUUUCCUGAAAAUGCAGAGACAACGUGGUAUUUCAUCGUGCCCCAUGCGUACUACACAGAUGUGCACAUUCUAAACUACACUGUUCCAGCAUGCCUCCAAAAUGAAAACAUCCCAGCAAUGAAGUACACUUGGCAGGACAAGGACCCUCUGGUAAAACCUCUGAAUGGAAGCCAGCCAUUGGUGGAGACUGGCAACUUUAACCUCUCCAUAAAGAACUGCAGAAUGUCCAGGUCAAGUCUUCCAUCGCAAGGCCUAAUGGUGCACUUUCAAAUCUCUGCCAUCAAGAGAAUAAAGGGGCAGUGUGAAGGGGAUCUACCAGAGAAGCAAAUGCUACAGAUACGUGUGGUGAAAAAGGAUCCUAAAUCCAUCUGUGUGUUGAAACUGGAUUCGGUCAUAAUGGACACAGUCCCCAUAGCUUCAGGGAACCAUUUUAUCAUCAAUUCCUUUGACUGUAAUAAGGAUGAAAUAGAGUUGACUGUCAGCCAGACCAUAGAAUGUAAAGAAUGGAGAAACUGUGCAUCCACACCAUUCUCUAUAACCUUCAAUUAUGAGCAGAACUGUAUUCCAGGAGUUCUGAAGACGAUCACAUGGCAUCUUCAUGGCCCACAGAACAGUUCAGUGGAGCUACAGUCCCCUACAGGCGGUCUGCGUUACUGUCUGCCUGAGGAAAAAUGCAAUAGCAUCCUCCUUCUAAAUGUGUCCCAUGGUAACCCUGCCAUCACUGUUGGACAGUUUUGUCCAAGGGGAACCAUUGAAAAAAUCCAGGUCCGUGAAUCCAAGAUUGCAGUAACUGCCUCCGUUACAAGUUUCAAUGACCGGAAUUUGGCAACUAAACCAUUUUUAACUUAUUCAUUUACACAAGACAUAUCAGAGCACUAUAUAUUUACUGUUGCACCAAAAAUGGAUAAUCCUACAGUGUUGGCAACCCCAGCCUGGCCGUCUGGGAUGAAACCCUCCAGCACUGUGUCCUGGAUAAUUAACAUGGAGCCAGAGCUUAAGAGCAAUCUGAAGUUCAGAAAUGUCAGCCAGCCUAAGUGUAAGGAGGUGCACACAAACAUUGCAGUGCAGACAAUUCGGUCUCAAGUGAUGGUGUACAGCACUAAAAAGGACAAGAAUAUUAAUGAUAUCCUGGUCCCAGAAAGUUUUUACCUUAACAUGACUAACUGUAAGUCCCCGACAGGAAGCUUCAGGGCAAUGAUGGAGAUCACACUGCAGAACAGCCCAAACAAGCUUCUGGGCAUCAUCCUGAGUAUCGUGGGCAUCUUGUUAAUGAUCAUAACAGCCGUGGUGAUCUGGAUUGUCCUCAGGAAAAAGAAGAGGAAUAAGGCUCCCCCGGUGUCCGUCUACAAUCCCAAUGAGCAUGCUUUCCUUCCAGGGCUCCAUGGUAUCCCCAAAACACAGGAAGAGGAAGAUCCUCACACUUAUGUGUACAUAGAUGACACUCUAGUAUAUUGCCAUCUGCUUGAAGAUGAUGCUGAAAAUGAACAAUGUAAAGAACCCUCUAAAGAUGAGAGCCCACCUCUGAGUGGCCCACCUUUACCUGACAGACCAGUCAGCAAAGGUAAAAGCCUAGUCACUAAAGACUGUGAGCUCUAUGGUUAUAUUCAGGGACAGUCAACUACAUCUGGCUCCCCAAAGUCUCCCAUCAAAACCUCUCAGGAAGGUGCCUAUGAAACCAGACUGUGUGUGUGAGAGAAGAGAGUCCUUGAUGGAACUGAAUGUUCUACUGUAAAAUGAAGUUUUUUUUUUCUAUGUGUCUAACAUCUAAAACAUUUAUAUAUUUAGUGAUUUUAUAUGUGAACUUGCUGCUUGUUUUAAUGAUUGUAUGUUUUUGAUAUUAGAACAUCUACGUUCAUUUGCACCUUGUGAAGUUAGGAGAUUUUUUUUCUAAGAAAAGAAAACUGUCUGUAGUCAGAAAUGGUAUCAUAUUGCAAAGUGUUCUCUGUUGCUUUCUACCAAGUGAUCUCACUGGUAUAGUCCGAAUAUAUGAGCGUCGACUCAAUCUCAUGGGAAAACAACUAUUUCAUAUGAUGGCAAUUUCAUAUGAAUUUGUAUAAUUUGAAUGUUAUGAAAGCAUAAUUUUAAACAAAACAAAAAAAGUGAACAGAAAGGCCCACCUCUAGACAUACCAUUCACUGGGGCAUAAGCAGAUUGUUCGAAAACAUAUGAAUGAAUUCAUACAAAUUCAGACGAAUUAGCCAUUAAUGCACCAAAACAUAAAAUAAUUAUGAAUUGCCACGAGACUGUGUUAGAGAUUCUGUCUGUUCAAACCCAUCAAAACUACUCUUGUUUUAUGGCUUUUGUGAAUCUGCUGAGCUACUUAAAACAGGGGGCUUCUGUUGUCAAUUGUGUCUGUUUAUUAAACUGAUGAUUCCUGACUUAAAACUAAACUAAAGUUUGAACUGUGCAGUGCCAGGGAUGCUAACAUAAAGGGGCAAUAUUUUUUACUUUUUAAGGGCAAUUUUUAUAAUUACCUUAUUAAAUGUAUCUGUGUUGUUUUGUCAAAUACUUAAAUUGAACUUAUUACUUUAGUCAUUCAGAAUGCUAUAGCUAUAUUACCAAUAACAUUUUAUCAACAUCAACAAAAGCAUCUUUACACUGCAAAGGUGACAUUGGCAUUUGUUUAUUUACACUAUACUGUUUAAUGCUGCUCAAAGGUGGCAUACUCAACAAUCAUAUAAUGUACAAUAAAUAGCCCACAUAAAGUAUAUAAAUUACAUAAUGAAUCUAAACGCCUAGGUUAUAUGCUCAACAUUGAGAAAAACACAUAAAAAGAAAACACAAAUGC